GCACAAGCCUCUUCAGCUUGUGCUUCUUCUUUUCCGACUCCACAGGCGGAUGCAGCAGAUCGAUAUCGUUGGAGAGCACCAUGGCUGAAGCUUGCUGAACCGACGCAGUGCACCACGACGAGGCAAACAGCGCUCACACCACUACCCGCGCUCACGCAACACGAGUCGGCAGCCGACUCGCAGCCGACUCACCGCCGACCGACCCACGAAGCAGGUUGAGGCUUUCACGAGCGGUAUCAGGGCCAUUCUCAUAUGUGGUUGCCUAUGGACAGAGGGGGUGAGGUCUGCAUUUCAACAGUUUAUGUGCGUACCCACUGAGCUAAGCCCGUUGGUGGGGGGGCUAUUCCAGACAAUUGCAAGUCGAACGGGCCAGCACGGGCUGGUGGCGCUGUGGGUAGUCUUGCUGCCGCGUUCAGGGCCUCGUGCUGGUCCAUCUCGGCCCGAAAAUAACUAUUACUCCCGCCAACAGAUAGGAUGCAGUUUGAUCGUCAAAAAAAGCCCCGCCGUGUAGUCCUCGAGUUCUUAGACGGUCGGCUGGCAAGUGGAAGGAGCUGCCUUUCUGGUGAAUAUUUGAAUGACGCGAGCUGCAAAUUGUUUUCUGCUUUCAAUCGUAUGUUCCCGAGCGCGAACCUGAGGCAGAGCCAGCCUUUGAUGCGGCAAGCUGCUACCGGGCACAUCCAGCAGGUACACUCCAGUUUCUCCAAUAGGACACUCCAGUUUCUCCAAUAGGAUUCGAACGCACCUUCAUGUGCUCGCCACCCUCCCCCCCCUUCCGUUUCAGGGUAAUAGGAGUUGUGCAACCAAGGCGGGAAUGUGUUACGUACAGUAGCUUCCCCGUGGAACAUGGCCGCUGCACGCCUCGGCGGGUCCGUACGGAGGAAAUGGCGGGGUAAUGCGCAAACCUUGGAAUUAUCGAGAACUGCUUGACAUCGCUCCAUAUCCAUUUACGAAGCAUGUGUAUAGAGUACGGGCGAAAUGUGACGGAGAAAGUGUGUCCAUCUUUCAGCGUAGGGGGGGAGGGGGAGGAGGCAGAGGAAGAAGAAGAUGCGAUGGGUAUUACUUCCAGUAGUAAUCAAGCCCCCGCUCGCCUCCUCGGGACUGCGAUGUCGCCAACCGUUUGGUGCUGGACGAUGUGAGCUGUCACGCGUGCGUGUUGCUGGGCCAAAUUCGAAGGCGCUCCGACGGUUCACGGAGGGAAGUUCUGCCGAAGGUUCCUCUUUCUUUCGUGUGUAAAUCAGAUGGUCGGAUACACUCGAGCAAUUCAGUAACUGAAAGAAGCGUAACGAUACACGAUCAGGGAAACAAACUCUUCUGCCUCUGUCUGCCUGACUGCCUAUCUCGGUCUGUUUCCUUCAUCUUACCCUUAUCAGCCGUGCUCUCCCCUCUCGUUUUUUCGCCUUCCCCUCGUCUCCUUAUCAGGACGACGAGGGUCCCUGUGUGUGUAUACACCUCUUCCUCUCUUUGCCUUGCGCUGUCGCUGUCCGACCUGGCCGGCGGUGCCGGAAGGGCGCAGUUGCCAGGCCCGCCGGCACUGCUCUCCUAGCAGUUGGCGGGUGAAUCAACACGGGGAAAGGGAAGCGAUAUAAGGUGUUGCUGGCACGGGAGCCAUGGCGGGUGGGCCGGAUUUCAACGCGUUUCUUAUUAUCAUGGCUGUGGUGGUAACGGUGGCGGUGUUUUUGGUGAACGUGUACGUGUUGGUUAACUACCAGCAUCCUGACGACAAGAAUCAAGCCUACCUUCCGAAGUUCGUGGUGGUCCUUGGGCUAUCCGUCGCCCAGAUCUCGAUCUUGAUGUUGCCGUUGGAUGUAGCUAAUCGAAAGGCUUGUGAGAAUGCUAUCGUGACAGGCGCUUGCAACUUGACUCUUCCGAUGGAACAGCUCUGGUCGGCCAUUUACAUCAUCAACGUGGUCUUGGUGUUUUUCGUUAUCCCCUUCUCGAUGUUCUUUUACGAGGCGGACAUGGACGACUCACCCGGGAAAAGAGCUUGGAGUGCCUUGCAGUGGUGCCUAGUCACGGCCGUCGUCGUCAUAUUGGUCUUGGGAAUCAUGUACGGGGUCGUGGGCUACGUCGAUCUGCCCGUUCGUAGAUUGGAUGCGCGUGUCGUGCCUUUCUCAUCGGCCGCUCGGGCUCGGUUCGAUGUGCUCGGGCCGUCGACCCCGUGUUUGCUGUCGGACAAUACCGCAGCUGUCUCCGGACCCGCAGCCUCGGAGUGCUAUGGCUACGGUGGUAGUGCGGGCUCGGAGGACACCUGGUCCCUCCGAUCUAGUUUCCCCGUCUACGUGAUUGCGCUGUCGACCAUCGUUGGCUCUGUUCUUUUCGCCAUUUUCGGAGGUGUAGGCAUCAUUUCUCUCCCGUUGGAUUGCAUCUUCUCGUUCUUCCGGCGGCCCAAAGCCCUAAUUACACGAUCGCAGUAUAUCCAGAAGGCAACGGAGUUAGGAAGGCGAGCCAGGGAGAUCAGGGAUACAGCGCAGGCUCUGCAGAAAGAAGAGAGGGCGGGAAGCAAAGGCAGGAAAUGGAAGAAGAACGUCCGGCUGCUGCAGCACGAACUGGUGUACCUGGAGCAAGAGGAAAUGGAUCUGGCGGAAGUGUACCCUCAGGGGGAAGAAGCGGAGGCGAUGUGGGCGCUCACUGUCGUCGGGUACUUGUGCCAAUUGCUGUUCGGUCUUGUUGGGUUGGUUUUCUCCGCACUGUGGAUUGGCCACAUCAUUGUAUACUCUCUAAUGAAGCCCCCGGCUUCUGUCUUAUUGAACGAUAUGUUUGUGAAACUCGACAACGCCUUCGGUCUCUUCGGUACGGCAGCCUUUGCUCUCUUCUGCUUCUACUUGCUGUUGGCGGUGGUUGCCGGGGAAAUGAAGCUAGGGUUGACGUUUGUAUUGUUCACCGUUCAUCCGAUGAGAUGGGGACGAACUCUCAUGAGCUCUUUUCUCUUCAACGUCGGGUUGAUCCUCUUGUGUUCGAUUAGCGUCAUUCAGUUCUGCGCGACCGCCUUUGCGCUGUACGCACAGGAAACGGCCGUCGCCAAUAUAUUCGGUCAUCAGCUCGAGAACCUGCGGGGAAUCAAGGUCCUCUUUAGGUAUGGGAUUUUCCAGAUCGUAUUCGUUUCUCUCGCUUUUCUCACUUUUGUCUAUUACAUCGGAUUUGGAUGGCGCCGUCGGCCAAGGACAAGGAUCUCUCUUACGGGUUAGCCUAGCUACACCGGGAAAAUGUCGACAACAACAAAAACAACAAUAAGGAUUUGUUCCUUUCGUCGUCAUCCUCUUUCUCCUUUUCCCCGCUGUACUUCUCUUUAUUUUUUAUCUUAGCCUUCUUACUGUGUCUGUUGAGUAUUUGCGGAAGAGAUUGUUCGUAUUUGUGCCUAAGAACUUUGUGUGUGUAGGCGCGCGCACGAGAGAGAGAGAGGAGGGGGGGUUUUGCCUGACGCGAAUUCGUGGUAGAGACCAGUGGUCAUAUGUGAGUUUGUGUGCGCGUGUGUGUGUGUGUGUGUGUGUGUGUGUGUGUGUGUGUGUGUGAGAGAGAGAGAGAGAGAGAGAGAGAGAGAGAGAGAGAGAGAGAGNUGUGUGUGUGUGUGUGUGUGUGUGUGUGUGUGUGUGUGAGAGAGAGAGAGAGAGAGAGAGAGAGAGAGAGAGAGAGAGAGAGAGAGAGAGAGGGUUUCUGCCCGACGUGAAUUUUGUCGGAGCGACGAGGGGCCAUGGGAAGAACCUAUAAAGACUUCAAAUCAUGGAAAGAAAGUUUUUAGAGGGGAAAAAUGAGGAGGGGAAGAUUAGGGAGUGGUGGCGCUUCUUCUCAUCGACGAUCGAUUGGAAGGUGUCAAUCAGUGUGCCCUGCACAGCAGUCCAGAAAAUAUACUGGGUUUAUAAUUUUUCAUCCUGACACCUUCAGUCAGACUGAUGAGAAAGUUCUCUUGCGUGUGUAAACCUUGCAAUGUAUCUUCCCUCUCUUUCCUCCCGCAUCCGUUAUAUGGUAUGUCUAAAUGUAAGCUCGUUAGCAUGUUGUAUACAUACACGCGGUAAAAGUGUAAUGACGGCUGGCCGUCUGGGCGUCGCUGCCUCCUUAGGCAGGACCAGGCGGGAUCGCGGCCUAAUGAAUGGCUAUCAGCAUU